AUGACGAGCAUGAUGUUUGUGGAUGUUAUGAAAAGUGAACUAGUGGAAGACACGAAGGGAGGAAGUAGGAGCAGGAGUAAGAACCGGCUAGCUCAAUUCUGUGAUGGUACUGAAGAUUUUGGUGUUAUGCAUGCCGAAAACCGCUCUUUACUACGGUUUCUGGGUGGAAAAGAAAGUUUUGAUUAA